AUGGAAGAAACAUCAGAUUCCUUCCAAGACCUGGAAGGCCAACCCAACCAACCAAGAUCACUUACAAACAAUGAAGUUAGUGACGAGAAUCAUGGGCAAGACGAACUAGGAGACAGUUCAGAAUACAGCGACACAGAUGAUGAUGAAGAUGAAGAAGAGGUUCAUGGAGACUCAAAUCAGAACCUCGCGCGAACCUAUGAACAGCAAGCAAAAGAAUUCAAAGAUCAGGCGACACAUAUAAAGGCCCAGCUUGACAGACAAAUGGACAACUUUGCAUCACAGUGUCCAGAUAAUGACAAUGCCGACGCAAGAAAUCGUUUUUAUCGUCAAUUCCGUCAUCAUAUGGCGCCUCCGAAAGCCCAAAUUGUCAAACACCUCUCUGUCUGGCAAUGGAAUAUACUCUACUACAUAGCCGAUGAGAAGCAGUCAGACAGGCCGUGCGAUUGGCUUGUCGGGCGUCUAGCCAAAGAAUUCCCUUCACUUCUUAAUGAGCGAAUGCCAAAUGGCGGGCUGACGGUUCUGCUGAAAGCUGUAAAAGAACAUAACUUUGCAUUCAUCAAAGCUGUUCUAGACAGUGGGAUAAGUACCACAAACCUGGUCAAGAUUGUCGUGGAGCGUGAUGUAGACAAAAAGAAUUGUAUUCACUACGCGGUGUCUGAUGGAUUCGACCCGGAAAUUACAAUACGGUUGCUUCAACAUACCACUGGGGAAACACUCGGUCACCAAGAUAACAAGGGACUCACUCCUUUGCAUUAUGCAGUUGAAUACGAGAGAUGCCUCCCGGAAAGAGAGGAGAUGGUCAAGGCUUUGAUCAAACGCAGUGAUGUAGCCUUUGAUCUGCGGUCCAGAAAACCUGAGGAGCUUUCAGUCUACCAGCAUCAUGUCAGAUCUCGAGAGAAGUAUGGAAAAAAGAAAGAGCUCAGAAGGAUGGAGAGAGAGAGAAAGGAAAAAGAGAAGCAAAGCAAAGACUACAAGGAGAAGACUAGUGAUGCAACCCCAGGUAGGCAUGAGACUGGAUCCAUGUCUCGCAAGGACGAGGCAAAGAAUAGCAAGAGAUUGAGCGAGCAACCGAAUCGCAUGGGUUUCAAAAUGCGAGAAGGGGCAGAUUUGAAAGUCCCUGGUGGCUCAGAGUCUAACAAUAUGGACACUUUGCAGCUCCUGGCUGGCUCUAAGAGAGAUGCAAGAGACCAGAAUCAGUUCGGCCGCCCUCUCACAAGAACUCGCACUGGAUCACAAAAACCUCCCAAUCCAAAGAAAGUUUCUUCUCGAAAGCGCCCAAAGCUUCCAAAGCCUUCAGAAGAUGUCGCCGAUAGGAUCCUCAAAGAGUUGAAAUUACACUAUCUUCGAACUGCUUUGUGUCAAGAAAGCCACUGGCAAUAUGGACAGCGGGGAUCACGUCGCAAUCCAAACACCGCAAUUCAGUUUUUGUACGGGGACAAUGAACAAGAGACACAAAUUGGAUUUGAAUUUCCGCCAAAGAUACCAAAAACGCCAAACGAAAUAAAUUUCAGGGACUUCACAAAGAGCUAUGAGAGUCUGAAGUUUGACAAGGUACUCCAGCAUGUAGAGUUUCGUCAAAUGACUGUCAAAAGCCCGCCUGUGAAAAGGCCGGACUGGACCGACUCUGAAGGAAGAGCAGGCACUGGACGAAAAGACGUGUAUUACUUCUUUCGAUGGUUAUCAAAAACGAAGUCAGUUGAGAACAUUAUCCAUCUCAUCGUGGAGGAUGGGUAUGGCAUCUCACAUAGUGAUGAGGCUAUAGAGGAAUCCUUGAAAUAUUUCAAUAUCGAAAUUCUGGACUGGCGCAAGACGGACUUAGAUCCGAUGACUUUGCAAAUCGCCUGCAGAAACUCUGAUCUCCGAGAAAUCCACUUAUGGUGGGAUGGGAACAAUGCAGUUUUACGAGCUUGGAGUGAGCCUGAUGGGUUGGUCAAGAUAACUACUUUGCAAGUCAUUCACCUUCAUGAAACAACGAAAAACAUCGAGUCCUCGAAUCGUACCAAGGCGAGGAUAGAAAGUUUUAAAACUCGCCUCAGAGAACAUCGGGCCAAGGUACUGCAGCCUCUUGAAUGCUACCACUAUGAAGCAUAUGAGAAAAAUCCUUCUAGGACUGAAGGACAGAUGCCGACUGAGAAGCUCGAGCAGCGAGCAAAGAUCGACUCUUACCAGUGGCUUAGCGUCAUGGAUAGAUUUGCCGACGGCAUUGCCAGUUUGGAGCCUCUGGAGUGUUUCCAAGGGGAGGAUGACUACUUGAAGCACCCCAGUUUGCCAGAUGAGCUGCGGAAAGACGUAAAAGUGGCCCUCAUUGACGAUGGCGUCAACUUCCUGCACAAAUCACUUGCAGAGAACAUCGAUGGCGGGAAGAGCUUUGACAGAGAGUACGAUGAUGGAUACAGACCUGGUCUGCGAGAACCAUUUCAUGGGUCUGCUACUGGACAUGGCACAUGCAUGGCGUAUAUGAUACGCAGAGUCUGCCCUCGCGUGAAGAUCUUUGGUUGCAAGCUGAAUGUGCUUCGAGGGAAUGUCGAUGGAAAAGCGAGCUUUACCGCUAAAAGCGCCGCUGAUGCGGUAGAGUACGCAGUCGCUCGUAAAUUCGAUAUAAUUUCAAUCUCGUGGACAGUGCAGUUACAGAAGGAUGAAAAGCACGACAACUCAGCUGAUAUCAAUCGUCUCGAAAACGCCAUUUCACUUGCCACUACCAAUGGCAUUCUUGUCUUCUGCUCUGCUCCAGAUAUCGGAAGAGCAAGCAAAGAGACAUUGGAAUUAUACUAUCCUUUUGGAUGUAAAAGAAGUUCGACAGAUUUGUUUAAGAUUGGCGCAGCGAAAGCCGAUGGCCUUUCCUUCGCCUGGAUGGGACAUGAAGAAACAGUGAACUACAUCCUUCCUGGUCACAAGGUUGCUCCUCGAGAAACUGACAACCUACCCGAAGAGGAUGACACACCCAAGACAGGGUCAUCAGUGGCGACUGCGCUUGCUUCGGGGUUGGCUGCCCUCAUCAUCCAUUGUGUCAGGCUUGCGGCUAUUUACAACAUAUACACCAACAAUAGAGAUAGUUCAUCUGUUAGCGAGGCCAGUGUCAGAGCGAUCAAACGUUUUCCAGCGAUGAAGCAAGCCUUAGCUCGUUUUUACUCCAAUGAUGGUGAAAGGCAGACAAGUGAUAGGAAUCUCAGGGUAGAGAACUUCUUCGACAGACCGGGACACAUCAUGGGCAGCAACGAAGUUACGGAGGAAGAUAAAUGGAAAGAAGUAGUCAACAUUGCUCGCGAUCUUGUCUCAUACAAGACGAUUACGCAGACUACGACUUGA